AUGGCUGUUGUGUUGCCACAUCACUUCUUCCUUUCACCACCACCAUCACCAUCCACCCCACCGUCUCAAGCCACAACUGCCUGCACCAACGGUGUUGACAACGCCAACAACAACGACACUGGUGACAACAACAACAGCAACGCUGAUGACAACCAUGGAUGGGUGGGAAUGACGGCGAGCAGAAGGCCCAGAUCCACCACCACAAACGGCCCACCACCACACCACACCAAUGUCAACGACCACCCACCACCACGACUGCCCACCAAUGAAGACCAGCCCCCACCAAUGUCAAUGACCGCCCACGGAUGUCAACAACUGCCCAUGAAGACAAGCACCGACAAAAGCAACUGCCCAUGGAUGUGA